AUGAACAAGAUCAGCUCUGUGGACAGUGGAGAAUACAAGUGCAGAUCCAGUAAUGAACAUGGAGAGAAACUCUCUGAAGCUCUAACUCUGAAUGUUUUGUAUCCUCCAAGAAGUAUCUCAGUGUCCAUCAGUCCGUCUGGUGAAAUAGGGGAGGGCAGUUCAGUGACUCUGACCUGCAGCAGUGAUGCAAACCCACCUGUGCAGAACUACACCUGGUUUAAAGAAGGUGGAAUCUCACCUGUAGGAUCUGGACAAAAUUACAGCUUUACCUUUGUCUCUAAAAGCAGUGGAUACUACUGUGUGGCUCAGAAUAAAUACGGGUCUCAAAAAUCAGCUGCUUUGCCAGACACUUUAAAAGAACGUUCCAUAAUUCUGUAUGUGGUGGUUGGAGUCGGACUCUGUCUAUUUGCAUCGUUUUUUGCUGUAAUUUUCUUAAUGUGGAAAAAGAAGAAGAGGACAAUGGAGGAAGAUGACCAUGAGAAUGUUGACCCCAAUGCUAAGGGCGACACGUACACAGCUCUUGACCCCGUGUCCAGGUCCUCUGAUGAUGUGUACAACACACUCACAACUGUUCAUUCCAGUCCUUCUGAUGAUCCAGAUACAACAUUGAAACAUCUAAGUCUCAGACUCACAAAAGGACGUAAUUGUCGGAAAGGUUGCAGCCUCCAUGAGUGGUGACAGUAUUGGAAGUCUUGAUGCAAGCCUUGAACAAACAACAGAUGAGGAGGUGAACAUGCAGAUCCAGACAGCCUGUAAUACUACAGCCAGUAAUAUUUAAGAUUUCAGUUUCCAGGACAGUUUACAGAAGCUUGAUCUAAGGGAUUUGGACAUUGAAUCCUGUGAAGUGUUAUUCUACUGGAACUAUCAGUUGCUGCAGCUGAUAGUUAGAAGUAUGAAAAUGUGUUCUCAAAACAUAAGCUAGACUGUGGGAGGGUAAAGGAAUUUGUUCACCGUAUCCACCUGUCAGAUUCUCAGCCAUUCAAGCUACUAUACCGCCGCAUUCCUCCAGGACAGUCCCAGAAGUUGAGGCAAGUACUUUCAGAGAUGGAGGAACAAGAACCCAUAUGAUAAUCCUGCAGUGACUGGGCCUGUCUGCUUGUGUGGAUGAAAGAUGAAGAUCUGUGCAUGUGUGUAGAUUACUGCCGGAUAAUCAGUCGUCCAGUUAAAGAUGCCCAGAAGGAAACUGCAUAUUCUGUGCAGUGGAUCAAAGCUCUGGAUUUGUCAACAUUGAAAUGGUUGAAGAAGACUGACAGGUUUCACAACACUUAUGUGUCUCCUUGAUUUUAAGAGGCUCCCCCUCAAGGUUUAGGCAAGCAAGGUUAGAAGUCCAACAAAUUUCAUGCUUUUCAUGAUGAACAUAUUCGGGGACCAGAAUUUUCUGACAUUACUCUGCUACUUAAACAACCUUCUUGUUUUUGUAGGUAAUAAAGAAGAAGCCUUAAAAAAGUGCAGUUUUCAACAACUUUUGUUCCCUCCUAUCCUAAUAGUCACCCAUUUAUUUUGUUCACAUUAGAUGUCAUUAGAUGGGCUUGACGCUGUACCACUUUUUUGC